AUGGCUGUCGCAUCCAAGGCUACCGUCUCCGACUCGGAGCCAAACCACACGUACGAUGGCUCAGGCACCGAGGACGACCCGUUUGUGGUGGAAUUCCACAAGGAUGACCCGGGCAACCCUAUGAGCUGGGGCGAUGUUCAAAAAUGGUUUAUGACUAUGAUUGGCGCCGGGUGGCGUUGGGUCCAGCGUCUCUGCACCAUAUUCAUUGGCGUUGUUGGCAUCCUAGGCGUGAUCUUCGUGCCCGAGACGUACGGUCCAGUCCUCCUCCAGCACCGUGCGAAGAGACUCGCCCUGGCAGAUGGGAAAGCAUACCACGCCCUUUUCCGACCCUGGAUCUUCCUCUUCCUUGAGCCCAUCGUGCUGAUCGCGUCCCUCUACAUGGCCAUCAUCUACGGAACGGUGUACAUGUUCAUGGCGGCAUGCCGAUCGUCUAUAAUGAGCACCGCGGCUGGUCCGAGGGGGUCGGCGGCUUAUCAUCCCUGGGGAUCAUGGUCGGUAUUAUCUCGGACUCGUCUACGCAAUCUUGGACAGCAACGGGCAAUACACGAGGCUGUUCAAGGCAUCCACGGCCGAGUCGCGCCUCCCCCCGGCGACCGAGGCUCGUCUUCCAUCGGCCACCAUCUGCGGGAUUGCGCUUCCAAUCGGGAUGUUUGGGUUCGCGUGGACAAAUUACCCCGGCAUCCACUGGUCGGUCAGCAUCAUCCUCUCUGCACCGUUUGGAUUUAG